AUGAUCCAGACAGACAGCCCAGACUUCUCUUCAUCCCGACCCUUCAUCCCUGGACAGUCUUUCGAGGAGACACCAUCCAGACAGGCCAGUCCGCCUAGUCUAAUGGAUACGCCGUCUACACCACAGGCUUUCCCUAGGAGUUCAUCAUCUCCACUUGACUGGUUGGCUACCGAUUACCUUCCCAGCUCACCGAGAAUUGUGAUGCUAGUCGAGGCGUACUUUAACAAUAUCCACCCUCUACGUGCCUUUGCUUUUAUACACAAGCCGUCUUUCCUACAACAAUUGGAUGGAUACGUCUUGGAGAACCACCACAAUCAUGCUCUUUUACAUAUUAUCUGUGCAUUAGGAGCCCAGUUUUAUGCUCUGUCAUACAGCGAGACGACAGCUCCACUUGAGCCCAAAUUCGUCCUUCUUGCAGGCACUCAAUGGGCUAAAAUUUCCCAACGCCUCAUCCUUGAGACCAUAGAUCGUGUGACUAUUGAAAGUCUAAUGGCUUCCGUUCUGCUUCAUGAUUAUGCAGUUCGAUUGGGGAACUUCUCAAACGCGUUUAUGCUGAGUGGGCUUACUACACGCAUGACCCAGGCGCUCCAAAUCAAUCUUGAAUACAACACCGACAUCCUCUGCCAGAAUACUGAUAACGGUCUUCCAGUCACAGCAAAAGAGUCCCGUCGGCGGUUGAUGUGGAGCUGCUACAUAAUGGAUGCGCUUGUUGGCAGCGGAGUAGACCAGCUGACGCUGAUGGAUGAAAGAGAUGUCAAAAUCCAGCUUCCAUGCAAUGAGCGCAACUUCACUCAGCAAGUCCCCUGCCUCACAGAAACUUUAUAUCCUGGAAGUUGGCUCAAGAUCCUGCCGGAAGAUUUAGAUACAAAGACUCUGUCCCCCAACAUGGGAAUAAUGGCAUAUUUCAUUCGACAUAUCUCAAUCCGCAAAAGGGUUCUAAGAUAUAUCAAGCAUUUGGGAGAUGCUAUGGUCCCGUGGGACCCUGCAUCGGAAUUUGCGCUUCUAGAUGCAGAUUGCCGGGCAUGGUACGACUCCCUACCAGCAAGUCUACAAUUCACACCCGAUGCAAUGUACAUUCGCAAAGAAACAUCUCAAUUAGGAGCCCUAUGUUUGCUCCAUUGUGCGCACUAUCAAACUGUCUGCGACCUAUAUCGACUAGGUGCCCCUGCGCUUUACAAACUCCGAGCUGCUUUCGACUUCCCUCCUGAACAAGCGGACUUCCUUCAACAUCUCCAGCAAGUUCUCUUUGAUGCAGCUCGGGCUUUGGCAACUAUCAUUGGACAGGCAGCUGGACAUGGUCCUCAAAUGUUGGCAGACUCCUGGCUUCCCACCAUCGCGUAUGACAGCUGCCGGAUCAUGGUAUAUCAUUUGACUCAGAUCCUUGAUCCGCGCUCCGAUAAUGCAAAGGCGCUUGCGCUAGCCACCAUUCCUCUCCUCCACAGUAAUAUCAACGCAUUGAAGUCAAUGGGAUCACUCAAUGCAAUCGCCAGUACACUUUCCUCUGCAGCAGAAACAAUGCUUGAUCGUUCUGGUAUUGAGUCUGAGGUUGUCAGGCAGAACAUCAUACCCGAUGACCCCUAUCAAUCAACUGAGGAGGAAGACACGAGUACCAAUAUUCGAGGAUCCCCAGUUCAAAGUGCGCCGGAUUAUGUCCUAAAUCCGCUGACGAUUUUCCGAAUGGCACGCAAAUCUAUACCAGAGCGACAUGCCCCGGAAAGGGCGAGCACUACGUCGGCACCUAAUAGUGUCCUUUCUGAAAAUAGGGUUUCCCCUUGCGAGGUUGUUGGCUCCUCCAGGACAGAUCCACCUGACGUAGAAGUUGGCCAAGCGAGCCUUGAGGAGCUACAAACUCUAUUCAUGUCCGAUCUCGGAUGGGCGUGGCAGCCCGCAGACACGGCAGUCGGAUCAGGAACAGAGGGAGCUGGACUCUUGCCAUGGGCAGGUGGAUAUCCCAUCGCUCAAACACAACCCUGGUUGCCUGUGUUUCCAUUCCCCCAGCAGGGCUGA